UCUUUUUGGAAUCGAUUCCCAGCCCUAGUGUCAACAACACAACAGCUGGAGAGCGAGCGGACCGGAACCGACACGGACGAACCGGAUCACGUUUCCAUCCGUUUAACGGCCGACGGUGUGUUCUAGCGAGCGCUGCUGUGUGUUAUUAUGCGUCUGUUCCGGAUCACGCGCAUUAACGGCAGAUAAACGAGCUUAACGCGAGACACGUUCUCAGGCUGAUGACGGUUCCAGGAUGCUGGGGUUCUGCUGCGGUUCCAUCUGGUUCUGUCCAGUUCUGCUGGUCCUGAUGCUGGCGGUCUGCGGUGGUAACGUGGUCAUCCAGAGAGAUGCUCAGUUCGACAUGACGUAUUACGACACGGUCACCAGCGACAACCAGACCAUCUACUCCUACAACCACACCGUCUCCAGAAACAAGACGGAGGGUGUGCGUGUGUCCGUAGAGCUGCUGUCCGAGAGCGCUCCGAGUCCGGUUCUGUUCGUGGUCCGGCAGAAACAGGCCGUUCUUUCCUUCCAGGUCCCCCUCAUCCUCCGAGGCCUGUAUCAGAGGAAGUAUCAGUACACACAGGUGGGUCGUACCCUGUGUCAGCCGCCCACUAAAGCCCUGGCAGAGACACAGUUCUUCUACGUGGACGUGUCGACUCUGUCCAGCGCUGGUGUCCACUAUCAGCUGCGGGUCAGUCGUGUGGACAGCUUCACGCUGCAGACAGACAAGAAAUUCAGCUUCAAUGCAACGCCGUCCCAACCACAGUUCUUUAAGUACGUGUUUCCUGAUGGUGUGGACACAGUGAUCGUGAAGGUGAACUCACAGAAGAACUUCCCCUGCUCAGUCAUGUCAAUACAGGACAUCCAGUGUCCGGUUUAUGAUCUGGAUAAUAAUGUGGCGUUUAUUGGAAUGUAUCAGACGAUGACCACCACAGCUGCCAUCACAGUGCAGAGGAAGGAUUUCCCCAGUAACAGUUUCUAUGUGGUGGUGGUGGUGAAGACUGAAGACGAGGCGUGCGGAGGACCACUGCGAUUCUACCCACUCUUACCCGAUGAGCUGCUAGAUGCUGGGAAUCGCAGUAAAACUCUGGAUGUGAUUGUUUCUCCUGCCAUUAACUCGGAGGUGUAUGUGAUGGGGAUGCUCUUCUGUCUGGGGAUCUUCCUGUCCUUCUAUCUGCUCACGUUCCUGGUGGCGUGUGUGGAGAGUAAGAGGAUGAACAGGAAGAGGGAGGGGCUUCUGAACGCUGACGCCUCACCUGCAGAGACAGCAUCUCUCUUGGGAAAGGCUUCAGUGUCUCCGUAUGAAUACGGUUCAUUUGCUGAUAACGGCAGCACACUGAGCUCUGAAGCUGUUACUGACAGUUUAGCGUCGACCGAUGGGAACUACGGAUGCAUGGGAUCGGAGACUUUUAAACGGAGAAUAAUCGCAGCACAUCACGUAGCCAUCCGCAUUGAUCGUUCUUUAGAGAGUGUAACCCGCAGUCGGCAGGAGUCUCUGAGUUCAGUGGAAGAGGACGAUUACGACACGCUGGUCGACAUCGACUCGGACAAAAACAUCGUCCGUACGAAGAAGUUCCUGUGCGUCUCGGAUCUCUCUCGUAAAGACAAACGCAUCCUCAGCAAGAAAUACCAGAUCUACUUCUGGAACAUCGCUACGAUCGCCGUGUUUUACGCUCUUCCUGUCAUUCAGCUGGUCAUCACCUAUCAGACGGUUGUAAACGUCACAGGAAACCAAGACAUCUGCUACUAUAACUUCCUGUGUGCACACCCUCUUGGAGCUCUAAGCUCCUUCAAUAACAUCCUGAGUAACCUGGGCUAUGUGCUGCUGGGACUGCUGUUCCUGCUCAUCAUCCUGCAGAGGGACAUCCUUCACAAACGAGCGCUCGAGCGUAACGACAGCACAGCGCUGGAGUGUGGCAUCCCCAAACACUUCGGCCUGUAUUACGCCAUGGGCACGGCUCUGAUGAUGGAGGGGCUGCUCAGCGCCUGCUACCACGUCUGUCCCAACUACACCAACUUCCAGUUCGACACGUCGUUCAUGUACAUGAUUGCUGGACUGUGUAUGUUGAAGCUGUAUCAGAAGAGACACCCGGACAUCAACGCCAGUGCGUACUCCGCUUACGCUUGUCUGGCUGCCGUCAUAUUCUUCUCUGUGCUGGGGGUGGUGUUUGGUAAGGGUAACACCGUGUUCUGGAUCGUUUUCUCUGUCAUACACAUCCUGGCCACAAUGCUGCUGAGCACACAGCUCUACUACAUGGGCCGCUGGAGACUCGACUCGGGGAUCUUGCGCAGGAUGUUGAAUGUGAUCUACACCGACUGUAUUCGGCAGUGUAGUGGACCCAUGUACAUCGAUCGGAUGGUUCUGCUGGUGAUGGGAAACAUUGUGAACUGGUCACUGGCGGCGUACGGACUCAUCAAACGACCCAAUGACUUCGCCUCGUACCUGCUGGCCAUCGCUAUCUGUAACCUGCUGCUCUACUUCGCCUUCUACAUCAUCAUGAAGCUGCGCAGCGGAGAGAGGAUCCAGUGUCUGGCUCUGGUGUGUAUUCUCUUCACCGCUGUGGUCUGGGGUUUCGCUCUCUUCUUCUUCUUUCAGGGCCUCAGUACAUGGCAGAAAACUCCAGCGGAGUCUCGUGAGCACAACCGUGAGUGUAUCCUGCUCUCCUUCUUUGACGAUCACGACAUCUGGCACUUCCUGUCUUCCAUCGCCAUGUUCGGAUCCUUCCUGGUCCUGCUCACGAUGGACGACGACCUCGACACGGUUCAACGAGACAAAAUCUACGUCUUCUGAUGGACCGAUACUAGCCAAUCACAGAGCAGCACUGGGGGGAGGGGGUCGGCCAAUGAGAGGCCUCGCAAACCUGAAUACGUUUACCUGCCAGUCAUGACGGUGUGGGAGGAGCCUCAAUAAGGACCUAAUGCUGAUAGGACAGUGAAUGUGCCAGUCAAACUGCCAGAGCUCCGCCCCUCAGCCCAUGUUCAUCGCUUCAGACCUGCUCUGCACAUCUCAAUGCAUUUUUGUACUGUUCUCUGCAUCUGUGUGCGUCUGUGGCCUUCUGUGUCUGUGGUUCUGACUGUAAUCCGAGCCAAGCUAAACUCAUAUAAAGAUGAUUCUGAUCUGAGAAUAUCAACUUUGCACUGUCUCAAAUUUACAGAUUGUGUUUUACAAAGUACUAAUGGAAUGAUUACUGAAUAAAGACUUUUUAUGGUUGUU